GCCAUCAGGGUUUUGGCGUCUAGUUUACCAAAAUUGACGUGCAAAUCUAUCGGAUAUUUUCUAUACUGAGACUUGCACGUUAUAGCAUCUAUUGUCGAUUCUGGAUAUCUGGAUAAAGCGCCGUGCCUCUUUAGGGCUACAUUCUUGAUGGCUUCUGCAAGUGACAUGCACGUGGAGCAGAACGUUGCCUACUACCUUUCACCAGUCGGUCUUAUCAAAAUUCAAGCGUCUGCAAAGGGCAUCACAUCUCUUAAAAUUGUCAAAGACAAGAGCCACGCCCACAGCUUAAUAGAGGAACACAGACUCGAGACUCUGCACAACUGCACAAAUCCGAGUCACAACAAGAAACUGGAUGAGGCAUUGAAAUGGCUCGAGGAGUAUUUCUGUAGACCGGAAGAGCUUAGGAAAGAUGGAUGCCGAAGGUUGCCUCCACUUGAUUUGCCGAUGGGAGGCAACUUUGUGAGGAAAGUGUGGUUGACGCUUGCAGACCACGUGCCACUUGGUCGCACGACAACUUAUGGUGAGCUUGCCCAGUUGGCUGGACGUCCUGCAGCUUCUCGUGCCGCUGGUCAAGCCAUGAGGACAAAUCCGGUAUCGAUUAUUGUGCCUUGUCAUCGAGUGUUGCCGAAGAGUGGAGGAGUGGGGAGAUACAGUGGAGGAGAAGGGAGUGUCACAAAACAGUGGCUUUUAGAUCACGAGAGGGUGUGUGGUGAUAUGAAACAUGCUAAAUGAGUAGCAUGUGACUCGAUAGUCUGGCAUCAUGACUAUGCUAAAACUGGUUAUUAAUUUUAUUAAUUAGAAUGGUAGCA